CGAAGAUUUAUUACCCAUAUAUUACGAAAAUUUUGCAUAAUUAACACAAUUGGCGUCUUCCUAUCAGACAUGCCCGGCAACUCCUCUGCCUUUUGUUGUUGCCACCCUUUUGUCAUCUUCAUCAUCUUCUUCUCCUUCCUUCCCACCUCCCUUUUUCUCAUUUCUUCAGCAGCAUAUCUUAUGUACUGUUCAUUUAGAGAAAUGGGUAUUUGAUUUGGGUGAAAAGGGGGAUUCUUUUUGUUCCUUCAAAUUUUCUUGAUUGGGAAUCUGGUUCAUGCAUUAAAUGCUCUGAAUUCCUGCGGAAGUUUCGGGAAAUGGCGGGUUCUUAUCGGAAUGUUCAAGAGCCCAGCAUAGAUACGGAUAAGCUGAGUUACGAGAUCUUUUCUAUCCUCGAGAGCAAGUUUUUGUUCGGCUAUGAUGAUCAGAAGCAUUGGAUUCCGGAGACUAUCUCCCCGGAGGACAAGAACGAGGUCAUUCCCAGGUUGCCGGAGGUCGAAGGGAACGACGACGUGCAAGCAAUCAAGAACCAGAGGGGGAAAAUUUGUGUUCUGGCGAUUGACGGCGGCGGAAUGCGGGGUAUCAUCCCGGGGAAAGCUCUGGCGUACCUGGAGCAGGCGUUGAAGGUGAAAUCCGGGAACCCAGAUGCCAGAAUCGCCGAUUAUUUUGACGUCGCUGCCGGUUCCGGCGUCGGAGGGAUUUUCUCGGCGAUGCUGUUUGCGACGAAGGACGGGCGCCGCCCGAUUUUCAACGCCGACGACACGUGGAGGUUUUUGGCAGAGAAGGGGAGGAAGCUCUACCCCUCGAAAGGCUCCAGCUCCGGCACCGGCGGUCUAGUCAAGCGGGUUUUCCGAGGCGGCGGCGGAGGGACGGUUUCCGCCACCGCGCGGCUAGAGAAGGCAAUGAAAGAGGCGUUUGAGGACGAAAAGACCGGCCGGAGCUUGACCCUGAAAGACACAAUGAAGCCGGUUCUCAUCCCCUGCUACGACCUCUCCAGUACGGCGCCGUUUCUGUUCUCCCGGGCCGACGCGCUGGAGACGGACAGCUACGACUUCCGGCUAUGGGAGGUGUGCCGGGCCACGUCGGCGGAGCCGGGGGUGUUCGACCCGGUGUGCAUGAGCUCCGUCGACGGGUCGACCCGGUGCGUGGCGGUGGACGGCGGGCUGGCGAUGAGCAACCCGACGGCGGCGGCGAUCACGCACGUGCUCCACAACAAGCAGGAGUUCCCGUUCGUGAGAGGCGUGGAGGACAUUUUGGUACUUUCGCUGGGCACGGGGCAGCUUUUGGAAGGCAGCUUUGACUACGAGCAAGUCAAAGGGUGGAAGGCGAAGCAAUGGGCUGUACCGAUGGCCCGCAUCUCCGGCGACGGCUCGGCGGACUUGGUUGACCACGUGGUGGCCAUGUCUUUCGGCCAGUCACGGACCACCAAUUACGUCCGCGUUCAGGCUAAUGGGCCUACAUCAUCUGGUAGUUGUGGGGUGAACCUAGACACGGACCCUAGCCCGAACAACGUCAAACGGCUGGUGGGGAUAGCAGAUGAAAUGCUGAAACAGAAAAAUGUAGAGUCUGUUCUGUUUGGAGGAAAGAGGAUUAGUGAGCAAAGCAAUUUGGAGAAGCUGGAGUGGUUUGCUGGGGAGUUGGUUCUUGAACAUCAGAGGAGGAGUGUCAGAAUUGCUCCAACAGUGGCUUUCAAGCAGCCAUUCACCAACCAACAGCUUCAUUAAUUUAAUGGCUCUCUCAAAUGGCUUAACAAUGAAGGAAGAAUAUGGUGGGAAAACGUGUGAACCCAAAAGGAACAAAACAAAAGGGCAAAGUAACGCUAAAACAUAGUGAAGUGAGGUAAAAAUCAUCACUUUUACAAGUGAAAGAGUGGUGGUGGUCCGAGCUAGAUUGAAGAUUAAAAAAAAACAUUCAUCAAUAAAAAACAAAAAGAAGGGUCAGUCAUAUCUUUUGUGGGAUUCUUUGUUGGCCCGUGGACAUGCUCUAUGAUGGUUAUCCAUUCCAAAUUUAAAUGAAUAUAUCUAUAGGAAUAUAGAUAUAUUCACGUCGCUCCUUCCCGAUUGUUUACGUCACGAAAGAAUCGUAAGAAUCGUUGGUUGUGCUAAGCUUGUCGAGUGAAAUGGAGAUAAGCACAAUCGACGUUCUUAUGAUUCCUUCGUGUGUAGCCAUCGGGAGGACCAACACAAAUAUUUAUUUCCCUUGAUAUUUGCUGGUAUGUCCCCUCUUCACUUUUUAUGGGCACAUUUGUUCUUGUCCUUUUACUACUACGACUCUACGAGACGAAAACAAGGACCGUGGGCGGAGGAUUGCAUUCAAGGAAGAAGCACCUAAUUUAUAGGUCAACUUAAUUACGAGUAAUUCUUUGUGUAAUUUUCUUCAUUUCUUUCUUCCUCUCUCUUUCGGCCUUGCUGUAGAUUAUGGUCAAUAUAUGGAAGGCCCACUUCAUGCAUGUAUAUAUAAAUGACAUCAUUUCAGUUGUUAUCUUAGUAUUGUAUUUUAAAUUUUAAAUUAUUAUUAUUAUAUUAUUAUUAUUCAAGUAGUAGUGUAUGUAAAUAUGUCUUGUUCCA